ACCUGGCAGACAUGCGGGAAUCCUCUUUGUUGAUCAUCUUCAUCAUCCUGCCUCUACCACAGCAAAACAAACAGUGCAAAAUGUGUAACUGUCUUCAAGGUGGAUGCUGAGACCUGCAGACAUUCUUUAAACGCCCUCGGCUCUGCAGUGUAAUGCUCACUGGAUGUUUAUUGCGGCCAUAUCUUGUCUGUUCCAAACAAUUUUAUGAUACACAAACUUAUGCUGUAAGGAUUUUCUCCAGGACAAAGAGAAGUUAUCUUCGAGGCUGAGCUGCCAUGGGGAAGGAGAAACUCCACAUAAACAUUGUGGUAAUAGGACAUGUCGACUCAGGCAAGUCUACCACCACCGGCCACCUCAUCUACAAGUGUGGGGGCAUUGACAAAAGAACUAUUGAGAAGUUUGAGAAGGAAGCUGCUGAGAUGGGAAAAGGUUCCUUCAAAUAUGCCUGGGUUUUGGACAAGCUGAAGGCAGAGCGUGAGCGGGGCAUCACCAUCGACAUCUCUCUCUGGAAGUUCGAGACCAGCAAGUAUUACGUCACAAUCAUUGAUGCCCCAGGACACAGGGACUUCAUCAAGAAUAUGAUCACUGGGACUUCUCAGGCUGACUGUGCUGUGCUCAUCGUGGCUGCAGGUGUGGGUGAGUUUGAAGCAGGAAUUUCCAAAAACGGACAGACUCGCGAACACGCCCUUCUGGCCUACACCCUGGGAGUGAAGCAGCUCAUUGUGGGCAUCAAUAAGAUGGAUUCAACUGAGCCUAACUACAGCCAGAAGCGCUAUGAAGAGAUUGUGAAGGAAGUCAGCACUUACAUCAAGAAGAUUGGCUAUAAUCCUGACACUGUGGCUUUUGUGCCCAUCUCUGGCUGGAAUGGAGACAACAUGUUGGAGCCCAGCCCUAAUAUGACCUGGUUCAAGGGCUGGAAAAUCAACCGUAAGGAUGGUAAUGCCUCAGGUACCACACUGCUAGAAGCUCUGGAUGCCAUCCAGCCUCCUUCACGCCCCACUGACAAGCCCCUCCGUCUGCCUCUGCAGGAUGUCUACAAGAUUGGAGGCAUUGGGACCGUACCAGUAGGCCGAGUUGAGACAGGAAUCUUAAAACCUGGCAUGGUGGUGACCUUUGCUCCCGUCAACGUGACCACUGAGGUCAAGUCUGUGGAGAUGCACCAUGAGGCCCUGACUGAAGCGCUGCCUGGUGACAAUGUGGGAUUCAAUGUCAAGAAUGUGUCUGUCAAAGAUAUUCGCCGUGGUAAUGUGGCUGGAGACAGCAGGAGCGACCCGCCACAGGAGGCAGCAGGCUUUGUCUCUCAGGUGAUUAUCCUGAACCAUCCUGGUCAGAUCAGCGCUGGGUACGCCCCAGUGCUGGACUGCCACACUGCACACAUCGCAUGCAAGUUUGCAGAGCUCAAGGAAAAGAUCGACCGCCGCUCUGGCAAGAAGCUCGAAGACAAUCCUAAAUUCCUUAAGUCUGGAGAUGCUGCCAUCGUUGACAUGGUCCCUGGCAAGCCCAUGUGUGUGGAGAGCUUCUCUGAGUACCCACCACUGGGGAGAUUUGCAGUCCGUGACAUGCGUCAGACUGUGGCAGUGGGAGUGAUCAAAGGUGUGGAAAAGAAAGCUCCCACUAGUGGUAAGAUCACCAAGUCCGCACAGAAGGCACAGAAGGUCAAAUGAACGUUGUGCUGGGCUGCUGCCCCAAACGCUCACCGAGACCGAAGACACAUUUGCACCCUGCUCCUUCUGCACACCAUCGUCAAUGUCUGGUCUAUUAUCACAAUGCAUCGCAAAAGCAGACGUAGGAAAAAAAUAACUUGCCAACUACUAGUGAUUAACAUGUUACCACUGUUGUAUGUAGGUUUUAUUGUCACACAGUUUGUGGCGAAACAACACAACUCAUUUGUGUUAUUGUUCUCUGGUUGUGUGUUGUUGUAGUUUGAGAUAGGCUGUUUGUUGAUAUAGCCAACAAACUUACUUUCUUAGCACUAGUAACAAGCGAGGUGUUCUGUUGGAGUAAUGCUCGGUGUUCUAGCUUUAAAAGAGAUAUGCUAACUAGCCACAGGUAGAUUGGCUUCUUGCAUGUUAGCGCCUUAGAAAAAUAAGCUCCUGUAAACUUCCGAUAACUGAAAUCUUCAUGCCCAGCACUUUGCUUGACGUAGACUUCCUUGCACUUUUAAAUGUUACUUGUUGCUGUUAAGUUCAUGCACCUACCUGAACAUACAUUCAUAAAAGUAAAGAUGCUGACAACAGCAA